AUGAUCGCGGUCAAUCUGGACGAUAUCAUCCAUUAUCACCCGCCUGCUUCUAAACACCAUUUCACACCGCCGCAAGCAUCUGGCUUUGUCCCGCAUUACCCUUCGCCGUCGGCUUCAGACACAUUCCCUCUGACCCAUCAGGUUCCUCCAUACCUUACGCAGUCCAUUUUUCCAUCCUCCGUACAUUCUCGUGGCCUACAAGACCAUGCCCAAAACCUGCAGUUCGUGACCUCUCAUUCAUCCGGUGAAACGCAAUAUUCACCGUUCAAUACUGGCCUUCCUAAGCAGUCGGCCAUUGAGAACUCGAACGAAUUUGACAAAGAAUUAUUGAAUCCCGAUACAGCAAGAAAGGACAGCUUGGUCAAGUCAGAUAUAUACUGGAUGGAUGGAAAAGCACAAAAUGGCUCUGUUGAUGACUUUUGGGACGAUGCCGAGGAUGCCCUUCUCGAGCCUAGUUUACAGCCCAUCUUUGAGGAUCUAGCUCUAUGGGAAGAUAUUUCCGAUUCGUCACCGGCUGUUAGGUUCUAUUCGUCGGCGGAAUGUCCUGGAUCUAUGCCCUAG